AUGAAGAUCGCUAUUUGUAUGCUAUUGUUUUGUGGUAGCACAUACGCAGCCACAACAACACAACGUCCUGAAGACACCGAAGCCCUUCAGACAGCACCGGCAGCACCAGCGACACCGGCGUCCGAAGGAAUUUCUGGAACUGUACUGGAGAAGCUAUUUGCCAGGUUUGACCAAUUGGAUCGUAAGUUGCUGGAACUUCAAAAUGGAACUUCGAAGGUGGAACGGAAACUUAUCACCAUCGAAAACACUAUCCAACGUUUGGAGCAAGACGUCGGCAGAAACAUGAGUGUUAUCUCCAGCGUGAUCCAGUUAUCGCACGUUCCGGAUUGUGUCACCUCGCCAACAUCCACAACGACACCGAAACCAGAGUCACCCUCAUCUUGCAAGGAGAUAGCAUCAAAUGUCUCGGCAGUGUAUUUCAUCCGCGUGAAGAGUGAUAGUGCACCGAUUAAGGUCUAUUGUGAGAUGGAAAAGUUUGACGGGGGUUGGAUUGUACUGCAACAUCGGUUCAACGGUUCGGUUAAUUUUUUCCGGAACUGGGCCGACUACCGAGACGGUUUUGGUGAGAUGGAUAGCGAGUUUUGGCUCGGACUGAAGCACGUUCAUCAACUCACCGACGCUCGGCCUCAUGAGUUGAUCGUGGAAGUUAAGGACUUUAGUGGCAACUACGGGUACGCCCGGUACAGUGCAUUCCAUGUAGGAAGUGCGAGUGAGCAUUUCCGUCUCAACAUCCUGGGAUCGUAUAGUGGCACUGCAGGAGACUCGCUGAUAGGUCACAAGGGAAGGAUGUUCUGCACGAAGGAUCAGGAUAAUGAUGGGAGUUCCAGUAAGCAUUAUGCUGUUACUUAUGAAGGCCCCUGGUGGCACGUAUUUAGCUAUUCGAAUUUGAACGGACGCUACAAGAAUACCACCGAUACGAAUUCAAUUUGGUGGUAUACUUUGAAAGACGACACUCGAGGAUUGAGCUUCAGUCGGAUGAUGGUUCGUCAAUUAUGA